CUCAGACCUCAGCUCCAACAUCUAUACUCUGAAGCAAGGAUGGCUGAGAUGGACAGAAUGCUUCAUUCUGGAAGGAAACAGUGGUCCAGGUCAAGCUGAGUCGGCCAAAUACAGACCCACUCUAUGGUUCUAGAAGAAAUUUUGACACGUCUUACCAUGUGGUUUUUCUACGCCUUGAUUCCAUGUUUGCUCCUUGAUGGAGUGGCUGUCCUGCCUGCCCCCCAGAACCUCUCUGUACACUCAACCAACAUGAAGCAUCUCUUGAUGUGGAGCCCAGUGUUUGUGCCUGGAGAACUAAUACACUAUUUUGUCGAGUACCAGGGAGAGUAUGAGAGCCUGUAUAUGAGCCACAUCUGGAUCCCCAGCAGCUGGUGCUCACCCACCAAAAGUCCUGAGUGUGACAUCACUGAUGACAUCACUGCCACUGUACCGUACAGUCUCCGUGUGAGGGCCACCCAGAGCUCAGAGACCUCAGCCUGGAGCACCCUGAAGCAUCCCUUUAAUCGAAAUUCAACCAUCCUCAACCCGCCUGUGAUGGAGGUCACUAAAGACGGCUUCCAUCUGGUUAUUAAGUUGGAAGACCUGGGACCCCAGUUCGAGUUCCUUGUGGCUUACUGGAGGAGGGAGCCUGGUGCCAAGGGUGUAACUGUUUUCUGGUCUCCUAAAGGAACAUGUCAAAGUGGUGAGGAGCAGGGGCAUUCCAGUGCACCUGGAAACCAUGCAACCGGGGGCUGCCUACUGUGUGAAGGUCCGGACAUUCGUGAAGGCCAUCGGGAGGCACAGCCCUUUCAGCCAGGCAGAAUGUGUCAAGGUGCAAGGAGAGACCCUCCCACUGGCGCUGGCCCUGUUUGCGUUUGUUGGCUUCAUGCUGAUCCUCGUGGUGGUGCCCAUUUCGAUCUGGAAAAUGGGCCGGCUGCUCCGGCACUCCUGCUGCCCCGUGGUGGUGCUCCCCGACACCUUGAAAAUAACCAAUUCACCCCAGAAGUUAAUCAGCUGCAGGAGGGAAGAGGUGGAAGCCUGUGCCACUGCCAUGCUGUCUUCGGAGGAGCCCUUCAGGACCUGGAUCUAGGGGGCUUUGCGAGGCCCCAGUUGAAACUGAGAAGCUGGUGGGCAUGGCACUGGAACCACGAAGGGAAAGGCUGUGGAUCAGUUUUCCCCCAUGGACAAAUGACAAGAAAAGCUAGCAGAGCCUGCUGGGUCCAUGUCUAGAAGCGACCGUCAGAGGCAGAGUGGUUUGGCAGACAGAGCACUGAGUCGGGGUGAGGAGAUGUGGCCUCUAAGAACUGGAUCUGGCUGCCAUUCAUGGACUGAAUGACCCUGAAGAAGUGACUUGGUUUCUCUGGUCCUCAGUUUUGUCAUCUAUAAAAUGGGGGAAUUAACUAUACAACCGUUAAACCACCAUAUGCAUAUAUAUUUAUAUCCAGCACUUGGAGAGUUUUGGGAGACCGGCAACACUGUACAUUGUGAUUGUUUCACCUUUUCUGCAGAGUGUAAUAACAGUGUAAUAAGAAUGAUAAAAACUCUUCACACCAGCUAGCAUGAAGAUCCCGCUUUCGUAGAAGAAACCUGGAAGAAGAAAGGAAGGAUGGGCACAGCAGCGUUGACUUUGCUUCCAGCCAAACGCCUGUGCAGAGGUCAACGGCUCAGCCAGCUCUACAAUACAUGACCCAGAUGGAGGCCGCAGGCCCAUGGAAAAUGGGAUACUGUGGGUUCAUGAGAAACUUAACUAAAGAAUAAAUAAUGUGUGCACACUGAAGGCAGCACAUAAAAUGUAUGCAUAUGAGGAGAGGAGAAUGCAGAAAGAUGUCAAUAAUAAGUGUGAUGUUUGCUGUGUUCCCUUUAUCUGUAGAGUUGUUAAAGUAGAGCAUUAAAAAUAAAAAGGGGUCAC